AAUUCAAAUUCAAAUUCAGCCGCUCUCUCACAUUCCAACGGUUAGUUUUUACCCUCACACACAUCUCCCCUUCAGAUCCUCCAUCGUAUAUAAGCUCCCUAAACUUCAUCUCUCUAAGCCACCAUUUAUCAUUGUAUCUCUUACAUCCGACCCCUAAUUUUCUCUCUCUACCUCCUCCUUUUCCCCCUCUUCAAUUUUUCGCGUUGAAGAAAAUUUUCCAGAAUCCAUGGAUUUCCAAAGCUUGAAGAGACGUGACCUCCAAUCACUAUGCAAGCUCAACAAUAUCCCUGCAAACACCACCAAUGCCACCAUGGCCGACGCUCUAGCUUCACUUCCGACUGUUGAAGGACUUGGGGAUUUUUUGUUCCAUGGAUCACCUGAAAGAUCUGUUAAUGCUACACCUGCACCCCGAACCACGGCUACAAGAACUCAACGUGGAACAAGGACUAAAGCAGUUGAAGGAACCGAUACAAGGAAGACUACUGCCACACGGACCAUCCGGAAAAGAACAACUCAGGAAGCCUCAGUCCAGAAGAAGACGGAGAAAGAUUUGCAGACCGAGUUCGAGGCUGACAUGGAGCAAUCUGGAGUUACUGAAAGCAAUGUGCUUCCUGGAGCCGAACUUGAGGAAAUUUCAGAAGUCAGUGUGGAGAAUGAACAACAGUUGUUGUCAGAGAGCCAAAGUGAACCCCAAAAUGAGGUACAGCAAGAGGUUAAGGAUGGGCAAGGGGUCAUUGAUUUGGAUGACUGUACCGAAAACCAGGAGCAAUAUGAAGCUACCGAGAUGUCGGAUGACAGCAUGAAGGUUGAUUUCCACAGCCUCGGUAGGAAGGACCUCCAGAACCUGUGUAAGAAGAACAAGAUCCCUGCCAAUACUUCCAAUGCUACAAUGGCUAGUGCUCUUGAAUCACUUGAGAAUGUUGAAGGUCUUCAAGAGUUUUUGAAGGAAUGUGAGUCUCGGGCUCCAGGCUCACCUCUGAUGUCUGGAAUCACUUCAUCUCGUGCUCGCCAAUCACGGACCACAGUGAAAAUCACCAGGGAAGAGCCACAGAGCUGCAAGAUGAUCACGAAAUCAUGCCGUGGUUCAAGGAAAAGGACUGUAGACGAACCAAAGAAUGAUGUAACCAAAACUCCAGCUGCACAAAGUGCUCAGCAAAAGGCUACCCCAGCUGCUUCUGCUCUCUCUGAGAAUGAGAGCAUUCAGGAAAAGGAAGAUAAUGCAGUACAAUCGGAGAACUCAAGCAUGGAUGCUUCUCAAGUGUCAGGUGGUUCCGAGUUCAAUGGUGAUAUCAGUAACUGUAACAAUGGUCUCUUUAGUGUGGAGAAUUUGGAGGAGGCCACCGAAGUCUUGGCCAAUUUGGUUAAGUUCGACAUAGGCUCUGACGCAUUGGCUGAUUCUUCCACCCAAGACGAGGGACUGAAAUUUGGUUCUGCAGAAACUGAAUCUCAAGUUGCCCAGAUCGAGGACCUGAUCAGUGCUCCUGAUUCCGUUGUGGAGAGCCUGCCUGAGAAGCUUGACAUUAUUCAUGUUGAAUAUCAGGUGUCUGAGGAGUUUGUUUCUGCUACUCAAGCUGAUCAAGUCAGUUUGGAAAUCAGUGCUGAUAAGGCGGUCACUUUUAAUUUUGAUUCUACCGCACACAUGAGCCCAGUUGAAUAUGAGGGUAGCCCUGCAGAAGAUGAAAUGUCUGAGAAGCCUGAUACUGAGUUAACUACUCAAGCUGAUGAACCAAGUCUGGAAAUCAAUGAGGAGAGUGAUGGUAGCUGCACAGAAGAAGAAGAUGAGAUGUCUGAGAAUUCUGAUUCUGAACUGACUAUUCAAGCUGAUAAACCAAGUCUGGAAAUCAAUGUGGAGGGUGAUGGUAGCUGCACAGACGAAGAGGAUGAGAUGUCUGAGUGUUCUGAAGAUGAUCAACUGAGUCUGGAAACCAACUUGGACAGUGAAGGUAGCUGCACAGAAGAAGAGGAUGAUGUCUCUGAGAGUUCUGAUUCCGAGUUGACUAUUCAAGAUGAUCAACUGAGUGUCGAAACUAACGUGGACAGCGAAUCUGAUUCUGCUACAGAUUCAAGCUGGUUUGAAAAGGCUGCAGUUCUUUUUGCCAACCAGUUUGACACUGAAUCAAGUAUUCAAGUUCGUUCAUUUGUGGCUACAGAAAGCAAGACACCUUUGAACCUUAAAAGUCUGCGAAAAUUGAAGAGGAUGUACAAGGAGAAACUUCAACAGGAAAAAACUUUGGCAAAAAGUAUGGAGAAAUUGUGCUUGGAUGAGACUGAUGAGAUCACUCUAGCCAGUGUGGAAGAAGGGAAUGACGAAGCUUCAGCUUCUCAAGUAAUGCCUGCUGAUGAGGACGAUGUUGGAGAAUCAGAAGAAGAGACCGAUGAUGAGGCUGAAACUGAUGAUGAUGACAAUGUGGAGCAAGUUGAUGUACUUCUGGAGCAAGUUCAGGAAACCCCAGUUACUAAUUCUUCCUCUGAUGGGGAAACUGAAAAACUCUUCCCAGUUCAGGUACUAGUAGACAACGAAGUGGUACCUGAAGAUGCAGUAGUUGGAGACAUUAAUGUUGUUGUCGCAUGUCCACCACAAGCAACACCAAUCAAAUGCUCUAGCGUGACAAAGAAGCCAGUGUCAGUGCUGGUUACACCAUCAAAAUCUUCCUGCAAAACACCGAUGUCAGCUGGAAGGAAAAACCGCGUUAUGGAUGUCAACAAGGAGAACAUUAUUGACAGCAGUAUCAGUAAGACUGAAGCUGGGAAAAUCAAACUUGCUGUUGCUGGAAGUGGAAAGCUUUUUUCUGCUAUGAGUAUGGGGAAGUUGAUGAAGGAAGUUAAGGUUCUCGAGCAAUCUGAGAAGAAGAGACUAGCGUUGAAGUCACGGUCGGAAAACCAGUGCAACCUGAAUCUACCAUGAACUGAAGAUCUGAGAAGUGUUAGUCAAUCCUGCAACAAGUAUGGUCAAUGUAGUAUUAGGAGGCUAAAACCAUUGGUUUACCUUCUUGUAGUUCUUAUAAGUUUGUCAAUGGCUCAAAUGUGUGGUCGACUUAUAUAAUCUCCCUUUUGUUGGAUGAUAAUAACUCAAUUAUCUUUUAUACUAAAUGUUAAUGCAACUUAUCAAAGAUGAGUACUAUUUUUAAUGUA